AUGCGCCUCUCCAUCUCGUGCGACGCGUGUCGACAAUCCAAGGUCAAGUGUGUGCACGAGGGAGAGUCGCCGUGCCGUCGCUGCCUGCGCCUGAGUAAGACCGGCUGUCACCUGACAGACUCGCGCUCGUCGCCUCGACGCAUUCGAUCUCGACCAGCGCCAGUGCCCGAUCCCUCAAUUCCAUCGAACCCAUCCCCUCCGACGAGAACCCCUCAAGCAGAAUCACCGCUCUCCUCCCUCUCCGCGUCCACGCUGAUCGCCGCCUGCGACCUCUACCGCAAGAGAUUCCCCGUUGUCAACUUCCUCCAUUACCCCUCCCUGAUCGCCGACCUUGCCCGCGAUGUCGCCGCUGUCGAGCCCGUCUUUCUCGCGGCACUCUUGUCGCUCUGCGCGCGAUUCAUGACCGUAACCACGGCCGAUUCGAACCUCGCGCCCUCCGAAACAUACGCCGACUAUGCUCGCACUCAACUCGCCCACCGAUCCUUCGAGUCGCCCUCCCUCCCGCUCGCCCAGUCGCUCGUGAUGAUUUCACUAUAUGAAUGGGGAUCCGGCCGACCGUACCGCGCUUGGAUGUACAGCGGAAUGGCGACUUACAUGAUUCAAUCGCUGCUUAAGAGUGCCGAUGACCACAUGGAGCAUGCCUCGAACGAACCCCACUCCGACGCCAACGCGCAGAUUGCAUACGAGCAGCUCGUCCGGACAUACUGGUGUUGUUUCACGCAGGAUUGCGAGUUGAGUUCGGGUGCGCGGCAGCAUUUCGCCCUAUCAUUUCGCCAGAUCUCGGUGCCGCUGCCCAUGAGCGACUCGGACUUCAACUUUGGCCGAGCAGCGAGGCGCCUGACUCCGGCGGAAAUCCAGGACACGGUCGGAGGAGUUCGACUGGGCAUUGAACAUGGCUUAACGAUUGUUACUCGAGGGUUUGACAUCUUCGUGCGGAUAUUACGCUUUGCAAAUGAGAGUCGACGGGAUCGCGCGAGUGGUGCGGCACGAUGCACUGCCGCUACCUGGGCAGCGCUGAAAGACGAACUGGAUGAGUGGAGAAACCUGCAGGACACGACAGUGCGAUAUCCGGAGACCAGUGCGCCCGCUCAUGUUGCGCUUGGAUAUGGCGAGUUGUUUGCGUACAUCAACCUGGUCUACUUCAUGAGUAUCCUCUUCCUCUACCGCGACCGAUUCCUCGCCAGUCCUAGGCACGAUAGCUUCGACCAUGGUCAGCCGGAGACGGACGAGUCAAUUGAGUGCCUGUUUGCCACGGCCCAACAUAUCGGAGCUAUUCUUUCUUCACUCGAGAGCUGCGCUACCCCUGUAAUAACGCCGUAUGCCGGGUUCAGCGUUUUCGUCGCGGCGCACAUCAACAUGUACGGCACGGUCUCGCCUCUGCGGUAUCCCGGCGGCCUGGAGCGUGCGGAGCAGGAGAAAAAGUCAAACUUUGAGUAUCUGGAACGGCUAUGUCGAUUUUGGGACGUCGGGACUAGCUGGUGGCGGACAUUGCAAGAAGCGAACAAGUUCUACGAAAGCGCGCGCUCGCAGCAGGGCCAUGGUCUAGAGUCGCAUACUUCAAACCAUCUAACCCUAGCUGGAACAUUCGACGAGUACGGCGAUAUUCGUAUCUCGCGGCCGGAUCACUCCGCCCCCACCUCGCAAGGCCGGACAACGCCCGUAGAGCAGACUACCACUACCACUACGGCCGCGGCCAGGAAUAGAACAAACUCAAUCUUAGACCAUGGCCAGGAAGCCUCGGGGGGUUACGAUCUAGAAGCCGAAAUGAUGCAGUGGCCAUUCCUCGAUGAGAAUUGGUCCGUUGGCUUUGCUACAGGCUAUGAGAAUACUUGGCCGGGAUUAGGCUGA